UUUUAGAGUUUCGCACGUCUUAAAUCAGAAGAAGGAGAUCACCAUCAUUAUGCUGGCUGGCUACCAACGACGCUGCUCUCGUCUGACUGCGUUCGCAUUGUGUCGAAGAAUUUCCUCUAAACCGCAAAAACCGUUACCUCCCUCACCUCGGGUAAUAUCGACGAGUAUUGCGCAUUCUUUGGCGGCUCGCAAAGGGCGUUCACCCUUACCUCCCAUGCCACGAGUGAUGCCUUCCACUUCUCGAGAUGCCAUUGGAAGCCCCGUGAUUGAAGCCAAAAACACGAGCGGAAGUUGGCUAAUUCGAGGCGGUUGGGCGCUGUUAAGUCUUCUGCUGGUUGAUAGAUAUUUGCAAUAUUCGGAGAAAUUAGAGGCAUUAGAUAUGAUCAAUCAAGUGCGCGAGGAAACCUUGCAAAAGCGUGCUCAGCUCUUGGCUGACUCUAAGGACAAACCAAUUCUCUUCACUUGCGUUGUGAGAGAACAGUAUGGUAUGGGUGGUAGCCACGGUUUGGAAAACGUGAAAAAAGGCGACCUUGUGGAAGUUGUGGAAGAAGCCGUUGGUCCGGAUCAGUAUUACAAUCUUUGUCGAACGCGAAAUUCCGAUGGCGACGUUCUCUCUGUUGGCUGGUAUCCAAUUGGAUAUUUGGAAAAAGUCAAGGCUACAAAAAAGUCAUGGUGGAAGCUGUGGUAA